CGGCGGCCCCGCGAUCCGGAUGUGCCAAGAUGGCGGCGGCGGCUGCCGGCGCCGGGGCCGUGAGGGGCGGCGGGGCCCGCGCCCGCCGCUGAGGGGCCGCGGCCCGCGGGGGCUGCCAGGGCAGGAGAAGGAAUCCGCCUGCAGCAUCCAGUGCCGGAGCGUCACGGCGUGACCCUGCAGGGCCACCAUGCAGCAGCCACCGCAGCCUGUCCCGGCGGGAGCGGCUCCUCCUCCCGCCGGCAUCGCUCGGAACAUGUACUGGAGGAACAGCCCCCUCAGCAAACGGGCCAACGCCGCAGCUGCCCCGGUGCAGCCCGUGACAGACCCCUUUGCCUUCGGCAGACAGACCCUCCAGGGCCCCCCCUUAGAUAGCCCAUCCAAGGGGCUCUUCUCGCAGAUGGCCCCUGUGCAUCCGUCGCCCUCACGUGCAGGGGACAAUCCCCACGGACCACACACGUCUUUACCAGCUCCUGUGUCUCAACCAGGAAUAAGUCCCAGUACGUUUUCUAACGUUCCAGUUCCUUCUCCGUCCCCGGGGUACGUUUUAAAUAGUGCUGUGGAAGCGCAUCCCGGCGCUGAUCCCGGACUCCGCGGGCCUGCGGUGCCGCUGCAUUAUAACCCAGGAGCGGCAGUUGAAAAUUCCUUCAGUGUGCAUCCUGGAGCGGUGUCUGCAUCGAACAAACCUGGAGGCAGACAGGAUGUUGGCAGUGACGUUCCUUCAGGAUCCGGCACGGCAAUGCUCUUCACCCCACUGCCCCCGCCGCCUGUGCCCCAGUGGAGGCCUGGCCAAGGGAACCUGCAGUCUCCAGUUCGGAAUUUCGUGCCCUACCCCGAGCCGUCUUCUCAGAUUGACAGUCAGAACAUUUCUCAGCCUUCUGGCAGCGUUUCUCACCCUCCUCCACACACAAAUGUACUGCAGGGUCCUGGACACCAAGGUAUUCCACAAAAUACUGUGCAAGCGCCUUUAUCUGCUGGCUGUGAAAAGAAUGGGAGAAAUGGCUCUGCAAAUAGUCAUCACAUGAACAGCAUCCAACCUGGAAGUGUGUUCAGGCAGAACACAGAAAUGGCUAACUCUUGGGUAAAUCAACCUUACCAGGAACAGUUUUACCCACAGCCACCCUUGCAAGACUCCAGUUUUGUCCCUCCCACAGCUCAGGAAAACAACAACCCCAAAAACCAGUCUCCAGCUAUAUCUGAAACAUCAAAUAGAUCUGUCCCCACUGAUCGGGAUUCAGGAACUCUCUCCAUGUUUUUCAAAGGGGAUGAGGCAGAAAAUGAAGAAAUACUUUCAUCUGAAAAAAAUUACAUGGUGGAGAAAACAGAGUUUGAUGCUUGUCAGCCAAAUUCGGCAUCCCUGUAUCACCAGCCAGUGCAUCCUCAGCAGGUGGCAACUAAUGUUCUCUCUCAGGCCCAGGUUGGUGCAGGUUCAGCCAGUGAGAUGGUACAGAAAGGAAUGGAUGUCCAGUACUUCCCAAAAAUUGUGAGUCAUCAGGAGGCACAGGCUGCUAAGCACUCUCUGUUUGGUGGUGAUGACAAGGCUCACGUGGGUGACACGGCUGCUGGGUCUCAGUACGAAAACGUGGAGAACCUGGAGUGCAUCCAGAACCAGGAAGUGCUGCCCAGUGAACCACAGAACAUCAGUGCUUCAUCCCCUGCUGCUGGUCCUGAUCCGUACAGGUACGGAUCCUUCCCAGGUCAGAUGCUUCCAAAGAAUGCCGUUGUGAGCCAUGCUGAAGGAGGACCAAAUUUGGAGGCACCUGAUUCAUUACCUCAUCCUGUCCGACCAGAUAGUGUAUCUUCCAACUACAGCAGCAUGAGCCACAGGAGCACUUCCAGCUCAGCACGGCCUCCAGAACAAGUCGGUACGUUCAUCCAGCAGGAAAGUGGGAAGCCUGAUGAGGAAUCCUCUGCCAGCUUCUUCAAACAGAUUGACUCCUCUCCUCUGGGAGGGGACUCAGGUGAGCUAAACCUGAGCAAGAACUACCACGGGAAUCUAUCCCAGCCUCCAACUCCCAGCCCUCCGAAGCCUACGGGAGUAUUUCAGACGAGUGCAAAUAGUUCUUUUGAACCCGUGAGGUCCCAUGGGGUUGGUAUAAAACCCGCAGAGAUCGACCAAGCGAAGAUGGUGGUGGAACUGAGAGAGAGCCACUCAAACCAGAAGAAUAUCAAGAAGAGCACAGCUGUGCCAGCUGCGUCCCCAGGCAACCUUGAACAGCCACCGGAUAACCUGGAAACCAUUUUCAUGCCUCAGGUGCAUCCACUGCCUCUUGCAGGCUCUGGUGAAGCUGGGAAUGUGUUGCACUCUGGACCUGCUGUGGAAAACAUACAAUCAGUGUCUGAGAGACGGUCCUCAACAAGAGCUCAGGGAGCAGUUAAGAAGUGUGACAGCCCAGCAACAACUUUGUGGGCUCAUAAUGAGCUACCCAAUUUUGGGGGAAAUGUGCUUCUGGCUCCUGCUGCCCCUGCAGUGUAUGUACCUGCCAAACAGACUGUAGAAGUCAUCCAGCCACCAGAAGAAGGCCUGUCUAAUCAGCAGCCAUGUAAACCAGGGACUAUUGCUGUGCAGCAUUCCCAGGAUGGAAAUAUAACUUUUGAAAAUCUUGAGAAUCCUCCCAAAAUGGGAGAAGAGGAGGCACUUCAGUCUCAGGCAAGUUCUGGUUAUGCAAGUUUGUUGUCUUCUCCACCUACAGAGUCUUUGCAGAAUCAGCCUAUCCUGAUUGCUCAGCCUAAUCAAAGCUAUAACUUGGCUCAGCCAAUUAAUUUUUCUAUUUCUCUAUCUAAUCAGCUAAGCAACAGUGAAAACAAUCAGCCAAUGAAGGACUCUGGAGUUGGGGACAAGCCUGCAAUGGGUCCCCAAACUUCACAUGCUGGUGGGGAAAACAUGGCAUUACCUGUGAUGCAAGUUGGAUCUCUAUUAGUUAAUGCAAUUCCAAAUGCUAAUCUGUUAAAACAUAAUUUAUUACAAAGCCCUGUUAAUUCCUCUGAUCCUGCCUCUAAUCAGCCUGCAAACUUGCUUAUGAAAACUCCUCUUAAUUUGGCUCCAGAAGGGCAAAAGAAUGUUAAUGUGGAAGGUUUUGUUCCUGAAUUUGCUAGCAAGCCAGGGUCUAACUCAUCUGUUCCUCCUGGGAUAAAUCUUCCCAGUGGAAGUGCGAGUGCUCUAGUGCCCCCUGUUAAUUCCAUGGGACAGGGCAAUAAUUCUGCAAACCACUCCAAUUGCAAAGAAGAAGCUGCGGGAGUGCUCGACUUCACAGUGUCACGGACGUUGGAGAAGAGCGGCACGAGUAAUUCCGUCCAGGUGCACAACCAGCCUGGUGGUCCAGCACAACAGGCAGCUGGUGGUGCUGCUCAGGUGCGUCCCGAGGUGCCUGACAAACAACAUUUCUAUCAACAGGUGACAAAAGAUGUGCAGCAUCAGGCUGUGUCAGACAGAGCGUUGCCACCCCAACCACAAAUGCAAGCAGCUCAAACGCAGCAACCGACGUCUGGGCAGGCCACGGCUCCUCCAGACUCCCAGGUUUCCACAGGGACUAAAGCCAUGCAACAGGGGGAGAACCAGGGGCUGGGUAACCAUCCUCAGCCUGGGGGUCCCCAGGAGGCAGGUUCAGCCCAGCCAAGGUACGACCAGACGAGUCCUGGGAAGCAGCCGGGGUCGGAACAGCCGCCGGGCGCUCCGGCUGCCGCAGCCCCCUCUGCCACCUCCGGUCAGUCGGGCACACCCAGCGUGCAGCAGGACCCGCAGCGUCCAUCCCUGCCUCAGACUCCUCAGGAUGCCUUUGGUCCCCCCCAGAACCCUUACUACUACUACAGACACCCUUAUGAUGCUUAUCAGCCUCCGUAUCCGCCGCCUUAUCCGCCUGCAGACCCCAGGACAGCGGCUCACCUUUAUUACAUGGAGGACAGCUACGGGCAGUACGACCCCCGCUACCAACACUACGACAGCACCAGCACUGCUGACAUGGAGCCCGGGAACUACCGCUAUCCCGAGCCUGAGCGUCCCAGUUCCAGAGCCAGCCACUGCUCUGACAGACCCUCUUCUAGGCAAGGGUAUCCAGAAGACUAUUAUGGAAAAGGUGGAUGGGGUGAUUAUUAUUCAGGCUAUUACUCAAACUCAUAUUAUUAUGGAGAUCCACGUCACUGGGAACCAUCAGCUUAUGACCCCAGGUACAGGGGUUAUGACCAGAGGUAUUGGUACAGUGCUGAACACAACCCUUACCAGAAGAGGGAAGCGUAUCCAUAUGGCAGCAGGAGCGACCGGUACGAGGACAACUGGAGGUACGACCCCCGUUUCACCGGGAGCUUCGACGACGACUCGGAGCCCCAGCGGGAUCCCUACGGAGACGACUUCGAGCGGCGCAGCGUGCACAGCGAGCAUUCCGGGCACAGCCUGCGCAGCUCCCGCAGCGUCCACAGCCGCCAGAGCAGCUUCAGCUCCCGCUCCCAGCAAAGCCAGCUCUAUAGGAGCAAUCACGAUCUAACGGCCAAUGCCUAUGAAACCACUGCCCAGGCAGUGUCCCUCCACACAGAUUAUCCCUAUGGAGGAUAUGAUGCCAGCUUUGAUGGACAGCAGCCUUUUGCAGAUUAUGGCUACCCGGCUGAAGGUGGAUGGGCAGCUGUGGAACAAGCACCUUUAAGACCCUCAACACCUGAGAAAUUUUCAGUGCCUCAUAUCUGUGCCAGGUUUGGGCCUGGGGGCUUCUUGAUAAAAGCACUGCCAAACCUGCCUUCUGAGGGCCAGCCAGCUCUGGUUGAGAUCCACAGCAUGGAGACCAUGUUACAACAUUCUCCAGAGCAAGAAGAGAUGAGAGCGUUUCCUGGUCCUCUUGCUAAGGAUGAGACCCAUAAAGUGGAUGUUAUUAAUUUUGCACAAAGUAAAGCUUCACAGUGCUUUAAGAAUGAAAAUCUCAUCGACAAAGAAUCUGCAAGUCUGCUUUGGGACUUCAUUGUGCUGCUGUGCAGGCAGAAUGGGACUGUUGUGGGAACAGACCUGGCUGAACUUUUGCUCCGAGAUCAUAAAACAGUGUGGCUUCCUGGGAAAUCCCCUAAUGAGGCAAAUCUGAUUGAUUUCACUAAUGAGGCUCUGGAACAAGUGGAAGAGGAAUCUGGUGAAGCCCAGCUCUCGUUUCUCACUGAUAAUCUUCUAACCACAGUUGACAGUUUUGAGAAAGAGACUGAGAGAUUCAGGGAGUUGCUGCUUUAUGGCCGCAAGAAGGAUGCUCUGGAGUCUGCCAUGAAACAUGGUUUGUGGGGGCAUGCUCUGCUCCUUGCCAGCAAAAUGGACAGCAGGACACAUGCAAGAGUGAUGACCAGAUUUGCCAACAGUCUCCCAAUUAAUGACCCUCUGCAGACUGUUUACCAGCUCAUGUCUGGAAGGAUGCCAGCUGCAUCCACGUGCUGUGGAGAUGAGAAAUGGGGAGACUGGAGGCCUCAUCUAGCAAUGGUGUUAUCCAACUUGACCAAUAAUGUGGACUUGGAAUCCAGGACCAUUGCUACCAUGGGAGACACUCUUGCUUCUAAAGGCCUGCUGGAUGCUGCUCAUUUUUGUUACCUUAUGGCCCAAGUUGGGUUUGGAGUUUACACAAGGAAGACAACAAAGCUUGUCCUAAUUGGAUCAAAUCACAGUUUACCAUUUUUAAAGUUUGCUACCAAUGAAGCCAUUCAAAGAACUGAAGCCUAUGAAUAUGCACAGUCACUAGGAAGUCAGCCUGGCUGCUUACCCAAUUUCCAGGUUUUCAAAUUCAUCUAUGCUUGCAGACUGGCUGAAAUGGGACUGGCUGCUCAGGCUUUCCAUUAUUGUGAAGUGAUUUCCAGAACUGUCCUCAAAGAUCCACAUUACUACUCCCCUGUACUGAUUGGCCAACUAAUCCAGAUGUCAUCCCAGCUGCGCCUGUUUGACCCACAGAUAAAGGAAAAACCAGAACAGGAAUCUUUGAUUGAACCCCCCUGGUUGAUAACACUGAGACAUGUGGAUGGACAGAUCAAGGAGGGUGCAAUAUCCUAUAACACUGACAGAUCCACCCCCCCACCGUACGAAUGCAGCACCCCCAGCUCGGAGCUGGACCGGGCGAGUCAGUGUGAGGGAGGAGGGGGCCGUGACGUGGGGCCUGGUGCUGAGAACGCCUUGUUGGCGUCUUUGUUACCCAACGUGGCUCAACAGAUGCAAAGCGUGCAGCUGAUGCCUUCAGUACCUCAGGCUGUCCUUGAUGGCUCAGCUGCAAUGAUCCCUCCUGGUGACCAGGAAGCCCGAAGUGUCCCUUUCUAUCCAGUGGCUCCUCAGCCUCUUGGUCCAGGGCCUGGCUUUGCACCUCCAGGAUUUUCAAAUCCAUAUGGGACUGAACCAUCCCCACUGUAUUUAGGGUCAACAGUGCCACCAGGAGGGCCACCACAAGACAUUGAACCACGGCCAGAAGAGCAGACAAACCUGGAAACAGGAAUGCAGAGAAUUGCCCCGGAGUCUCCUCCACAAAACUCCUUCCCUGAACAGAGAGAGGAGGAUUUCUAUGGCAGAAUGGCCAGCAUGGGCUAUGGACAAAGAUCCCGAACCACCUCAGAGUCUUCUGCUCAUUCUGUGGGACGAGAGAGAUCCAACUCUGCAGCAAAACAGCCCUCUCCUCCUCCUCCCUCUGCUCCUGCAGGGAAAGAGACCAAAAAAGAACCAAAAAAGGAGGCAGCACCUAGAAAGACUGGUGCAACCUGGUUUCGCUGGCUGAUGGGGAAAGGAAAGAAUGAGGCUCACCUGCCAGAUGACAAGAACAAAUCAAUUGUUUGGGAUGAACAGAAACAGCGCUGGGUUAAUCUGGAUGAACCAGAGGAAGAGAGUAAACCUCCACCACCACCUCCAACAGGAUUUCCUAAAGCUCCUCAGGCUGCUCCACCUGGACCUGGAGGCCCCCCUGGUGCCCCUGUCAACAUAUUCUCCAGAAGAGCAGCUGGAAGCAGAGCCCGUUACGUGGAUGUCCUGAAUCCAGGUGGAACCAAGUCAAGUGGAGCAGUUCCUGCACCAUCAGACCUGUUUGCCCCCUUGGCACCAAUGCCCAUUCCUGCCAAUGUGUUUGUUCCAAACUCAGUUCCAGGGGAAUCCCAGCCGAUGGAAGGGAGUGGUGCAGCAGAGCACACACCAGCUGCAAACCAAACCAACACAGAUCCUGCUGCAGCUGUGGAACCAGAGUACUUAAACCCUGCAGCCCUUCCUGCUGGAUCUGGACUUCCUGUUGCAAACCCUGAUGGCUCCCAAUCAGGCGAGCUUUCGCGCUCUAGUUCAAUGAGUUCAUUAUCACGUGAAGUAAGCCAGCAUUUUAAUCAGCCUGCCAGUGUACCACCCUCGGGGGCACCUGCAGCAGGAGCAGUACCAUUCUACAAUCCCUCUCAAUUUGCACAAUCUCCUGCAACCACUGGAAGUUCAAGACUGGGGAGAAUUGGACAGAGGAAGUAUCCAACGUUGAAGUAGAAUACAAUGGCUUUGUAUUUGGAAUCCCCAAUCAUGUUCUGAGUAUGCAAAGAACUAUUCAGCCUUCUGGCACGUGGUAUCAGCUGCAGUUGACAUGACAGAAACUUAAUGAUGGGUGAUUUUUUUUCAUGGGUCUCCCUGCUUGCACCUCAUCUACGCAAAACCAUUACCAAACAUGAAAUAUAUGUAACUUUUCCUUUUAAAAAAAAAAACCUGGCUAGAAAUAGCUUUGCUGUGAUAAAGAAUAGACACAAGGGAGGAAAUAGUUGCUGUCUGUUACAGAACCUAUUUGUAAAUUGCAUAGGCAAUUUGUUCCUUAUUUUCAACCUACUAGUGUGACCUUCCAAGGCGUAGUUUCAGGGAUUCCUUAAUUUCUGAAGGAUGCUCCCCUCCCAGCAGGGAUAAAAAACAAACAAACAAACAUGUCCACAUUGUAACGUAACACUGUGGCCUUAAGAGGACCAUGCACAGUUGUGAUGCUUUGCCAGGACGUGGAACUGGAUCCGUUCCCCUGGGAGACGCCUCGCGCUGCUGUGUUUUUUCGGGAGCGGGGAGGGGGCCACAGCUCAUCCAAAUAAAUUGACCUGCGUUGAAUGAAAAAACUGUGACUGUAAUCUAAUACUGGUUUGAUUUGGAUCUCUCCUAGUCUGUAUGUAGUUUGUGGUUUAGACUACUUGUAAAGCCAACUGUAUAGUGGGGAAGGAGCUCUGUAUCAUAGCCAAUGCUGUUCUCUUGACGAGUGAGUGUUCGUUUAAGUGCAAUACGGUUACUUGCUUUCUCUCAAGCUGCUGGCACUGUGCAACUGGGGGGUAACAGCUUGAAAGUUUUUAAUUUUUUUUUUUUUCUCCUUUUGAGUGCCAGAAUCAGCGUAAUAAUCCGUUCUUGAAUCUCCAUUACUAAAAUAACCAAGGUCUUAAGUAGCUGACAGGUGAAUUUCAAACGUACUAAAAGUAGGCGGAUUAGACCUCUACGGAUGGACUUUAAAAUCUUUAGGUUUAAUAUAGGAAAUCCUGAAAACCAUGAUAUGCAGCAUUUAUAUUCACUGAAGAAUCUGAAUUAUCUACAAAGAGAGAAAUAAACUUUAAGUAUUUAUUAAAUCAUUAGGCCAUAUUUUAUUUAGAACUUGUCACCAAACUAUUUGAUUUUACUUGAAUUUCUGCCCGGGAGUAGAAGUAACACGAAUGUGAAAUUGCCAGUGUUGGUUCCCCCAUUGUUUUGUUUUUUCUUUUUCUGAAUAACACCACUUUUCUGAGAUCAUGAUAGCCUUACAUGUGUCCCAAAAGGUUUGUACACAGCCCAAGUAAAAGGCUGUUGGGGGGGGAUUAGAAACCUCUGUGUGAUGGUCCAUACUCAAUUCCAGCCAUGGGCAGCAGCAGUCAGUGUGGUUUACUUUUCUAUAAUUGAAACCUAAUCAGACACUUGGCUUUCCUCUAGUCCGGCCGGGCUGCUGAUUAUUUUCUCCUUUCAGUAGAGACUGCCAAACAACUUCAUUCAAGGAGGCUCCCUCUGAGCUGGGAGCAGCUGUCUUUCCUAAGUGUAAGAUUUGACACUGUAAAUUCUUAAAUAAAAUAUUUUGCGCUCUGGAGCACUUUCACA